GUUUGAUGAAGCAGAGGGGGUUCUUUUUUCAUCUCCUUUCCUUCCUUCCAUCAUGUUUUAGCCUCUUCAUCUUUUAGGGGGAGGGGGCCAGUAAAAUACCGUCUAAUGAAAGCUCGUGUAUGUUCUGGUGGGGGGGAUUUGCCAUCCGAAACCGAUCGGCUCCGUCUGCACGCUUUAGGUAAUGAACGACGAGACAGAAUCGGAGAGCUGGAAGAGAAACUCCGGGAGCUCCAGUAUUGAGCAAAUGCUGGCUGUGAAUCCCGGGAAGACGCCCAUCAGUCUGCUGCAGGAGUAUGGAACGCGGAUAGGCAAAACCCCAGUGUACGACCUGCUAAAGGCCGAGGGACAGGCCCACCAGCCCAACUUCACAUUCCGCGUCUCUGUUGGAGAGAUCAGCUGCACCGGCCAAGGGCCCAGCAAGAAAGCUGCAAAGCACAAAGCAGCCGAGGCUGCUCUGAAGAUGCUAAAGGGAGGCCUGGGAGGCCCAGCUGGAGUUUCUCUUGGAGAAGAAGAUUUUACCGAAGUUGAUGUGUCUGUAGAUGAAGACAGUUCUCAAAUAGAUAUGAAGACCUCAAACAGUUCCCAGCAAUCUGAAUGUAACCCUGUGGGAGCGCUGCAGGAGUUAGUGGUGCAGAAAGGAUGGCGUUUGCCAGAGUACACAGUCACCCAAGAGUCUGGUCCAGCGCAUCGCAAGGAGUUCACCAUGACCUGCAGAGUCGAGAGAUUUGUAGAAAUCGGAAGCGGCACGUCUAAGAAGCUGGCCAAGAGAAAUGCAGCCGCCAAAAUGCUUUCCCGGAUACAUGACGUGCCGGUGGAUCUGAGAAGCACUAAUGAUGCUGAGGCUGAGGAAGACACAUUUAAUAUUCACAUGGGAGGCAGAGUGGAGUCGGGUAAAAGUAAAGGCUACAGCUGCACGUGGGACUCUCUGCGUAACUCUGCUGGAGAGAAGAUCCUCCAGCUCCGCAGCCACCCUCUGGGAAUGCCCGCUGACUCCAAUUUCUGCUCCCUGCUGAGCGACCUUUCUGCAGAGCAGCGCUUUGACGUCAGCUACCUUGAUCUAGAGGAGCGCAGCCUCAGCGGCCUGUGUCAAUGUCUGGUAGAGCUGUCCACGCAGCCAAUCACAGUAUGCCAUGGUUUCGCCCAGAACGUAGAUGCUGCACGCGCCAACGCGGCCCACAAUGCACUGCAGUACUUAAAAAUCAUGGCAGGAGGGAAAUGACAGACCUGCUCGGUUUUCCUCUCCGCAGACGCACCACCACACUAAAUGCCAACAAACUUCUCCUUUUUGGACAAAGGCGGUAUUUUUUGUGACAUGAAAAAAAAGGAAACAAACACGAAAGAAACCUCAGAUUCUACAUUGAGAGACUUUUUUCUGCUCUAAAAUUAACAAAUGAAGUACUUUCCUUUAGUCCUUACAUGUGCCACUGUUGUUUUUAUUGCCUAAGAUUCAUCAACACAUCUUUGUACAAUUUUGAAUAUUUGUCACUAAUUGUUCUAAUGUACAAAAUAUUUUCUUACUUAGGAAUGACGGCUUUAGAGGUAACAUUCUAUUUAUUAGUCUAACUGUUGCAACUUAACUUUCAGCCGAAUUUCUUAAUAAAGCGAUAAAGCCAUUCACUUCGUUCUAACACACCGGAGCACGCCGGCUGCCAGUGUAUUCCACUUCCGGUUCACGUAACAUCCGGGUCAUGUUUCUCCAGGUAACCACGCCACGUAUAACAGUACACACCGCCCCUUGCUCAACACACACAUACAACCCACAUUCCAGAAGCUCUCAACACAAAACUCCCCAGUUACACUAACACGAUACAAUUCUUACAAAUGCAUGCAAGAGAAACACUCUUCUCUGUCAUGAAAUGUAAUUCGCUUAGCUUCUCUCCUUUAAAUGAGCUUCCAUAGGUUUUUAAAGGUCAGACUCCUGUCACUGUUAUCACCGUCAUUUUUCUGGGUGCUUUAGAUCAUGAAGUCAGCUGUGCUGUGUACUUUAGAAACAUUUAUUGCAACCACUGGUACAGAUUUGUUAAAAAGAAAAAGAAAACAUCAAUCCUUUAUUGCACAUGCAGGAACAUAUAGAAAGCUCCAACCCAUAUUGGAGUCUGCAAGAAAUAUAUUUGUGCAACGUCUCCUGGUGCCACUGACUUUUCCUUUAAAGGGUAAUAUUAAAUGAUCCUUCUGUUAUUUAUAUUGAUGAGUUUCCACAAACUUCUAAAUAGUAAUCCAUGACGGCCUAGUUUACAAUGGGGGUAUAAAUAUCAUUUUAUUAGCCACUCUUUAGAAUGGGAAAAACAAUACAACAUGUAAUUAAAGUUUGUAAGAGGUGAAUAAAUCUUCACACGUAAGAGAAUGACAAUAAAAAGUCCCCUGUAGAGUCAGAGAAAUAACCAAUUCAGGCUGAUAUAGGGUCAAUGUCUGGACAUUCCCCUCACAGUCACAGUAGAUAGAUGUGCUACUGCAGUUAAAAGUUUGGCAUCUUCUUACCAGAGCUGUAAAUAAAUGAACGGUGCAGAAUCUGAACUGUCCUUAGAAAAAUCAUAAGCAUCACCUUAAUCGAAGAUUAGUGUAUGCACAUUUUUUGAAGUACAUUUACUCUAAAACUCAAAGCUAUAACUUUCUAUCCAGUGGCUCUUAGUGGUGUACACACCCUUGUUAAAUGGCAUGUUUUUAUAAUAUAAAUAAUUAGAACAUCAAAAACUAUUUAAACCCUUUUUUCCUGCAUGAAAAAUUACAUAUUUUGCACAAUCCAAAUUUAAGAUGUUGGAGGGGAAGAAAGCUGUGAUUACAGGUUUGCACGCAUGUGUAGAUCCUGUUGAAACAGCUUUGGAUUAUCAAAUAUUAUGGAUGUAAUGACCCUGAAAUAAAUCCUGCAUACUUCUAGGAUGUCCUUUACAGUCAGCAACCUUAGCGUAGUUUGUAAAGAAAAAGUUUGUUUUAUUAGGGUUUUUAAAUCACUAGUGGCUGUUUGUUUUUUAUAUAGUGGGCUGACAUGAAAGUGGGGGACAUGUGACCAAGGACCACAGGUCAGAUUGGAUCCCGGGUCAGCUAUGUGGAGGACUAAAGGCCUCCAUACAUUGGUCGCACGUGUAAACCACUGUGCCACCGAAGCACACUUAUAACAUAUGUGUUGAACCGGACUUUCAAAAUUCAAAUACCAAAUUAUUACCUCUACCAAGUUAUGCAUGUAAUUAUCAUCACUGUCACAUUUUUUGUUUUUUUCACUUUAACUGUGAUGAUGAGAAAGCAGUGCUGUUCUGCUCACUCUCUAUUUGUCUGUUUCACCAUAAUCUGUAACUACUGCAUUAUGUAUUGGUAAAUAGAUUUGUAACUCUCUUCUAUUGUAUGUGACUGUGCAAAGUGGGACAUUUCUGUAUGUUGUAACCAUUGUUAGAAAAGGCAGGUAUGCAAACAAUUUUGGGUUUUUCCUAAUCAUUAAAACAAGGAAGUUAAAAGCCAGUUUUUAUUUAAAUUUGGUUGCUGUCUGUGUAGGCACUUUUAUAUGUAAAAAUACAAAUAUGAGGUUUAAUGGACAUCGUUGAUAUCAAAAACAUUUUUGUAAGAUUUAAGGCUGUUUUUUACCCUGAUUAAAAGUCUAUUCCAUCACA